GGCAGUGCAAGUCUCUGUUGAUCUCUCUCUGUUGGUCCAUAAUUGGUUACAUGCACCUUUCGCUAGCCCUAUGACGGGAGAGGCCAACUAAAGUCACAAACUCCUUGCGGAUCUGAGUCUUGGCUCUUCUUGGUGGCUGGAACCUGCACAUCUUGGCACAACACUACAUCUUUCUUCUCGUCGUUGCACAACUCCGUCGGGUCCGUCGAGGACGCCCCAGUCCAAUCCAGUCCAGUCCAGUCUUUCCCUCGUUAUCACCACCGAAACAGCAAAACCCCGUCUCUCGUUUUUUCGAAAUACACAGUCCAAUACAGGCGGUGAGUCGUCAUAAGUUCGAAGAAGAAACACGGAUCACGAAGCGGCUCCCUCAACCACAGCACCUCGCCAUGCGGCGCUCUCACCUACUGCUCACCCUCAUAGCGGGAGCCACAGCAGAGCCCAUCGCGCAACCACUCUCGCGCGAACUCUCCUCAUCCCUCACCCCCAAAGACACGACCACGAUCACAGCACGAACCCUCGCCAACCCAAACCCCCCCACCGGACUCCAUAAACGCGAUGACGACCCCUACGAAGACUACAAAGACCACCUAAAACACAUCCAAGAGCUACAAGAAGAAAAAGCCGAACAAGACGCCGAAAACGCAAAACACUCCAACGGCCCCCCGGGGCCUCCCGGCGGCACGAUAGCGGGCGCCGUAAUCGGCGUCGUAGUAGCGAUCCUCAUCGCGCUCUUACUCUGGUACUUCUUACGGAUCCGGCCCCGGCGGAAGCAGCGACAGCAGCUCCAAAAAGCGCAGUACGCGAAAGAAGCCGAUCUCGAGUCCGGGUACGAGAUGACGCCGGCAUCGAGCCACCAAGAGCAAGGGACGACACCUCCCGUGGGCGCGAUCUCGAACCGCAGCUUACCGCAGUCCGAACACGUCCGCUGGGCGCCGACGCCGUACCCGCAGCGCGCGCCGUCCCAGCACACGGGGUCGUCGAUGUCGGGGCUUGCGCUGCCGACGCCGGCGCUGACGUACUCGCCCUCGAUGAGUUCCGCGGCGUCGCCGCCUUCGCCGCAGCACCUCCCACAACCGCAGCACCUCCCACAACAACAGCAGCAGAUACAGCAGAUACAUAUGCAUGAGGAGGACCGGUAUCCAAACGAGAAACCACCGGCGUACGACGCGAUCGCCGCGCUGCAGUCGUCGGAGCCGCAGCCGGAGGCGUCGGCGUAUCAGAUGGGACAGGUGCCGAUUGAGCCGGAGGAGGACCCGGUGAUGUGCCAUUUACCGCCUGCGGACAUGGCGCCGAGGUAUGGGGUUGUUAAUGGGAGUGGGGAGCAUAUGCCGCGGUAUUAGGGUGUGUGAUUAGGGUGGAGGAGGAAGGGGGGGGAAGGGUUUGGUUGUAGCUAGGUAUUAUGUUUACGUGGUGUAGACAGAAGGAAGGAAUGGAGGGAUGGAGGAAAGGGGGAAAGGGGUC